AUCGGUGAAUAAUGUCCAUCAAUAAUUCGAUGAACAAAUUUUCGCUAUUCACAUUCAUUUUGAUAUUACACCAUUAUUAUGAAAUCGAGGUUGAUGCAUUUCAAAAAUGGACUUAUAAUGAUCAAAAAUCAUGGUCAGAUGUGAGCAAAGAAUGUGAUGAUAUUAAUCAAUCACCAAUCAAUAUUCGUUACACUGAUCUUAUAUUCAAUGAAUCAUUAAAAAUUGAAUUUCGUAAUUAUAAUCAACCUAGCGCGAAUUUUCGUGCCACUAAUCAUGGACGUUCAGUUCAAUUUGAUUAUAUUGGCAAUUCAAUCUUGGUGCCUACCAUUACUGGAUCAGCAUUGAAUGAUGAAGAAUUUGCAUUGAAACAAUUUCAUUUUCAUUGGGGAAUCGAUCCAAAAAUUGGUUCAGAACAUCGUAUUAAUGGUCAUAUUUAUCCGAUUGAAAUGCAUCUCAUUCAUUAUAAUAAUAAAAAAUAUCGAUCAUACAAUCAAGCAUUGGAUGCACGAGGAAUUCGUGAACAAUUGUCUUGAUCAAUAUUGGCAAUAUUUUUUAAUAUCAAUAAAAAUGAUAAUGAUUAUAAUCCUGGUUUCGAUAUUAUAAGCAAAAAAAUUCAACAACUACAAACCACACAUACAAAUCAUUCAAUUGAUUUACAAGACCAGUUAAUAUUACAAUUGUUGUUGCCAAAUAAUACUGCAAGUUUUUAUCGUUAUCAUGGAUCAGUUACAACACCACCAUGUACAUCAAAUGUAACAUGGUUAAUAAUGGAUGAUCCAAAUGAAAUUGAAUUCAAUCAGUAUGAAAAAUUCUUGAACGUAAUCGAUCACAAAUCUGGCAAAAAAAUUGGCAAUAAUUUUCGCCGUUUACAAGAACCAAAUGGCCGUCGUAUUGAAUGUUCAUUUUUGAAUAAUAAUGCCGGCGGUGGUAGUGGUGAUAAUCAUCCACAUCACAAGAAUAGUGUCAAUAUUACAAUGGUAAUCAUUUUCACUUUAAUCAUCGUUGAUAUUGUGGCAUUUUUGACCAUUUCAAAAAUCUACAUGUUCAAAUGAAUCAACAACAACAACAGGGU